AUGUCCAGCUCUGCCGACGAGAAAGGUAGCGGCUCUAACAACACCUCCGCCGUGUCCAGUGAGGGCGUUAAACAUCCCAGGGCACAAGAAGCAGACAAAGGCAAGCAUGAUGAUUUGCAUUAUGGGGUGGUAGUAGACACCACACAAGCCCUUUGGUCAUUCGUAAAUGGGGACAGAAUCAUUAUCAUGGGCCAGGUCAACCCAACGACUUCUGCGAAUUCGACUUGCGUCAUGUACGCUACGUAUGCGUUCUUCGUGUUCUUAUCUGUUCACUGGUUCCCUGAUGAACACAUUCACACUCCUAUGAUCAUCCGGUGGUUAAGUGACUGUGCGAAGAACUGGAUCGGCGCUAAGCGUACCUUGCUCUUUGAAACAUUGUGCUAUGCCCUCUAUGUCGGUUCUUAUCUGCAAGCAUUUUUCUUUUUCUGUUUGAUCUCCAUCCUUAUGGUUAACCCAGUGCAACAAAUAUCCACCCUGGUGCUGGCUGGUUUGCCGUUACCUCAGGUGCCUUUCUCGGCGCUACUGGGCAUAUUUAUCAGUAUCUUCUGGGCCAUUUUCAACUUGGGAGCAGCGGUAGGCACUACCGUGUCCUUUGGGCAGAAUAUCCACUCCGUAGUAUGUACAUCAUGUCUUUAUCUUAAUCCAACUUUUCAACCUAACCCUAGUCGGCCAUCUUUUGGUAUCAGCGCUUACUCGUCUAUUGUGCCGGACGGCCCUCAACCACAUGCAAAAAUUCAUACACAGCCAUCAUUUAAACCCUCAAUCUCUUCUCUCCCUCUCCGCCGAACUCCGCAUAAAGUCCCCAUAUCCCUAUCCUCGUCUUCUCCUACCAUUCCACCCAUCACUCAGCUCAUCCUCAAUCCUCAUCAUUCUGCUUCAUUGUACCACCAUGCCCAGUAA